GGAAAAACACUGCGCAGGCACAGGCAGGGAGAGACGUAAAGCCGCCGCUUCGUGCGCGUCGACGUCACCUCGCCGCCGGGGCCCGUCUCGCCGCGGGGUCCCUUAGAGCUCCCUUCCGUCGCCGGACUGGGCGGUCGCCGGACGGAUCGGGAAGCGACGACCUGAGGGGACUGGCUGGGAUGGCCGGGAAGAAGCGCAAGGCGGAGGCGGCACGCCUGGAGGAGACGGACCGGGCGCUCUACGGGGCCUUCCGGGGCGCCGCCAACUCGCUCUCGCAGCUCUACACGCUCGGCAUGGGCGCGCAGAAGGCCUCCUUCCACGCCGGCGAACGUCACGCCAUGGAAAAACUUUAUGAAUGGAUCCUGAGGCAGCACGAAAAUGGUUUGAGGCUAACAGUUGCUGAUGUAGCCUCCCAUAUCCAGCAUGAGAUUCAGUAUGGAGGUGACAAUGCAUCAGCCUCUCCAAGGUCACAAUACCCUAGCCAAAGCACUGCACCGACAAUGCACAUUCCCAACACAAGCAACCAGCAACCAUCGCCAAGCUUAUUUGCUUCAGGAAACCCUGGGUUGACACAGUCCAAGAAUUCCAUGGUCUUUUCAAGCGCAUUAUCCAGCCCCAUCCGGCGGAGCCUGCAACCUUACCACCUAGAGCAGGACGGGGAUGCAGGGUACUUCGCGAACGGUGCAAGCCGCGAUGUGAACCCCACGGCUUCGAAUGAUUCGUCCAUGGACAUGCACUCGGACAGCCCAGCUCAUGACUCCUACUGAGCAGCUCCCACCAUGGAACCAGCCUCAAGAACAGCACUUCAAGUGGAAGAAGUCUGCUGUCACAGCCUUCCCAGGCCUAGUAGUAAUAUUCAAUUUAACACCUUCCAUAGCCUCUCUUACACUAAGCGUGUGAUGUCUUGUGUUGUUACUACUACUUACCACUUGUUGCUUUGCGAGAAUUAUGUAAUUUGCAUGUACUAUACUAUACUGUACCAUUUGAUUUAUCUGUGCAUAUUACUGCUGUUGGUACGUGAC